UUUCGUAGUGUGUCUAAAACCCUAGUUUAUAUGAGCCCUAGCCCGACUUCGUCGCCUCCCUCGCAUCCUCUGCCCCCCUCCCCUCUUUCUCCGAAAUUUGGUUGUCCCGCGCAGCGCCGGUAGAAGAAGAUGCCGCCGAAGUUCGACCCCAGUCAGGUUGUGGAUGUCUACGUGAGAGUCACUGGCGGCGAGGUCGGCGCUGCCAGUUCUCUCGCUCCGAAAAUCGGACCUCUCGGUCUCUCACCAAAGAAGAUCGGAGAAGACAUAGCCAAAGAGACCGCCAAGGACUGGAAGGGUCUCCGCGUUACCGUCAAGCUCACCGUCCAGAACCGCCAGGCCAAGGUCUCAGUCGUCCCUUCCGCCGCCGCCCUAGUCAUCAAGGCCCUCAAAGAGCCCGAGCGGGAUCGGAAGAAGACCAAGAACAUCAAGCACUCUGGGAACAUCUCUCUAGAUGACGUGAUCGAGAUCGCGAAGGUCAUGCGGCCCCGGUCCAUGGCCAAGGACUUGAGCGGGACCGUCAAGGAGAUUCUCGGCACCUGCGUGUCGGUUGGGUGUACUGUCGAUGGUAAUGACCCUAAGGAUCUACAGCAGGAGAUCGCCGACGGCGAUGUGGAGAUUCCACAGGAUUAAGCCGAACCUACAGUGAGGGCAUUUCCUUCGAUUUUUGUGAUAUUCUCAAUUUUCGAUUAUGUUUUCUAGUUAUUUAGAGCUUGAUAAAUCUUUGAUGAAUUGCGUUCAUUGCACAGAGACUAGCUCUAUAUUAGCACAUGGGUAUUGUUUUGAAAAUGUAGACCUCUGAUCGCAAAUUUGAUUGCUUAUUUAUGGUCAUGUAGAAUCAAGAUUUAUCGAUAAAUGUUGCAGUGUUUGGAAGGGAUACUGAUUAAAAUUUUCAA